AUGAUCAAAGUCUUUAUUAUUUUGCAAGUUCUUCUACUGUUGGUCCAAUCUGCUGCCGCAGAAGGAUAUGCCCCCACCACCGUCGGCUGUCCUACCACAAAUUUACUAAGAAGCUCUGCUUUGGGAUUGUCGCCAGAGGAAAAACUGUGGGUAUCCAAAAGAGAUCAAAUCACUCGUCCCCAUUUACUUCAAUUUCUUCAAACUCGUGCCAACCUCGAUGACGACGAGUACUUUGCAUUACUCAACGAUUCCAACAACAUGAAGAUCGGCCUUGCGUUUCUGGGAGGUGGAUUCCGCGCCAUGUUGGCUGGGGCUGGCCAUCUUUCUGCUCUUGACGGCCGAACUAAUGGGGCCAACGAAAUAGGGCUCGGAGGCUUAUUAGAGUCAUCUACUUAUAUUUCCGGGCUUUCGGGUGGUAAUUGGCUCGUGGGGUCUUUGGCAAUGAACAAUUGGACCAGUGUCCAGAGUAUCAUUGACAAUGAAUACCCAAUAUGGAACCUCGCGAAACCAUUUUUCGAAGCUGGAGGUAAUGCUUACGAAGGUGUAAUCACUUUCUUGAACUGGAUGAAGGAUAUCGUAUUGAAAAAACAUGCCGGUUUCACCGUGAACUUUCUUGAUGUUUGGGGCAGGGCACUUUGUGACGUACUUUUCCCAGCAGAUAAUGGUUUUGGGGUCGGAGUGACCUGGUCUAGUUUACAAGGUUCGGCAGUGUUCACUAGUGGGAACAUGCCAUUCCCAAUUUCCGUGGCCGACGCAGUUAUCAAUGGCCGUGAACUUACUCCUCAAGAUUCCACGGUGAUUGAAAUCAAUCCAUUUGAAUUUGGCAGCUGGGACUCUUCAGAAAAAGCGUUCACUAAAACUAAGUACUUGGGGAUCGAGGUGGAAAACGGCCAACCAAUCAAUGCUAAUGCCUGUGUAGUUGGGUAUGAUAACGCUGGGUUCAUUAUGGGUUCGUCGUCGAAUAUUUUUUACAACUUGUUGCCUACUAUGAAAGACGGACAGCUUCUUGCGGACGGGUUGGAGGUGUUGGGUGAUAUGACUUAUAAAUAUCUUGGGGAACUGAGAGAAAAUGAAACUUAUCAGGCGAUAUACCAACCAAACCCUUUCAGCAAAAAUGAAUACUCUUCUUUGGACUAUGGGAUUGCUGCUUCUGAUGCCUUGGGGCUUACUGAUGGUGGGAACGAUGCCCAAGAAAUCCCAUUUGCCCCAUUGUUGGAACCAGAAAGAAAUAUCGAUGUGGUGUUUGCAUUUGAUUCGUCUGAUAAUACUGAAGAUAAAUGGCCAAAUGGUAAGUCUCUUGUUGCUUCUUAUGAACGGCAAUUUUCUUCUAUAGGCUCGGGGGCUGCUUUUCCUUACGUUCCAACUACCGAGGUGAUUGUUGAAGAGAAACUCAAUAAGAAACCAGUGUUUUUUGGAUGUGAUGCUUUGAAUCUCACAUCAUUGGCCAAUGUUCCUCCACUUGUGGUUUACAUUGCUAACAGGCAGUACUCUUUUGCUUCGAACACCUCGACAAUGAAGGCAUCAUACAGUGAUUCUGACAAGCUUGGCAUGAUUCAAAAUGGGUUCGAGACUGCGACCAGAAACAACAUGACUGAUGAUUCCCAUUGGGCCACUUGUGUAGGAUGUGCGGUCAUUAGAAGAUCGCAAGAGAGAAUGAACAAGACACAAUCUGAUGUUUGUCUGAAAUGUUUUGAGGAGUAUUGUUGGAGUGAUAAGUCUUCUUUGAAUGCGAGCAGCACUCCAGUUAGUUUAGGGUAUGGAAAUGUGACGACGCACUAG